AUGGCAGACGCUCUGGCUAAAGUCCCGGACGUAGAGAUAGAUCCAGAAGGAACAUUCAAAUACAUUUUAUUAAGAGUCAAAGUCAAAGAUGGUGAAACAUUCAAACACAUAGUUCGGGGCACGAAGAGUGCUGAGUACCACAAUCACAUCUUUGAGAAAGUGAGCCCUGCUAUGGAGUCUCUCGGUCUGGAGUGCAACUGUCUGGGAGGAGGGAAGAUUGAGCACAACAGUUCUGAUAAGAAAAUGCGAGUUUUUGGUGAAUCAACUGCAUUUGGCAAAGCUGACCAUGCAGAGUCUGCGCAGAAGCUGAAGAGUGCCUUCAAUACUGUUUAUGUGAGUGGAUGCCUGGAUGACUGCAGAGCCCCUGUCAUGUCCACAGACCAUGUCCCAAACCAACACUUCUCUCCUGGACGAGGUGGCGCAGUGGAGUCAGGAAACAUGUCGCCAGGAGCUCAAGAAUCAGAAAGUUGGGACGACCAUAUACGUAUUCUGAAGAUAAUCACAGACAUGUUCCUGCCCCACAUUGGUUUGUCAGAGCUGGAAGAUCAGUGCUUCUCUAAGGUUUUUCCAAAGGCCGUGACGGUGUUUGACAGCAUGCUAAAAGAGAUCUCAGAACAGGUUGCAGGGUUGUCCAGCCAAAACACAGAACUGUGUGCUUUUCUCAGAAGAAUACUGGAGUCUAUGAUGCAUAUAAUCGACUCCCUGUCUGCAUGUAUGCAUCAUGUACUGUCCUUUAAUGAAGUUCCAUAUCUCGAUGCCAUUCGUUCUUUACCGACUUAUGUCCUGAAGAUUCUUAAGGGCACUUUCCAACAUUGUAAGGACAGUGAAGUGGUUUACUGCGGCCGCCUGUCCCUUGUAGCAGAUCUGCUACAGGCCCUGUUUAAAGCCGCGUACUCCCUGCAGAAGGGCUUGUUGGAGGUUUUGGACCGUGUUUCUGUGGACAGUAGUGCCACAGAUGAAGAUGUCUCUGAUGUUGUGACUGUUAUCCACAGUCUGCUGGACAUUUGCGCAAUUAUUUCCAACUUGGACAUGGCACUUCACGCCAACACGUGGAAAUGUAUUAUCAAACACAGCCUGAAAUACCAUUCAUGGGUGGAAGACCAUCUGCCUCACAAAGACAUCAGCAGCAGCCUGUGUGAUAACAUGUCUACGUCUUUUCAAAAUUGUUUGGAGAUGGCUGAGCAGAUGCAGUCCUCUGGUCUGCAGGAAAUGGCACAAACUGCUGAGCAAAAGUUGUUCCAGAAAUCUGCAAAGAUGUGCAGAUUCUUUGGAAACACAUUGGUUCAUUACAUAAAGGAGUUUGGAAUUUUUAUGACAAAGUAUUGUCACAGCUUUUAUCAACUCUAUCUCCAGAUGUUAAGUAAAUUCCCACCCAGCCUGAUCGCCCCUGUGCUGCCUCCUGGUUUAUGUGAGGAGCUGAACGUUUCUGCUCGAAUCCCACUGGACGCUCUUCUGCACCAGCUGCUGGCUCUACGGCCGUUUGCUGAAGAAGUCCUUCGGCCACAUUCAAAGUUGGAUCCUGAGCACGAGCUGGCUCAAUGCCUGCUGUUGGUGAGUGUAAUGGAUCAGCUGGGCUCUCAGCCAGAGGAGGUGCAAAGGCUGUGGUUCUCUGGAAGUGUCUUUUCAGAAGAAACACAGAGGCUUCCUCUGUUUGAAGCUGUGUUCACUAGUUUACGGAGGUGCUCCACAGAGCAAAGGGUCCCUGUGCUGUUGCCAGGGGUGAUGGUGAACGGCCAGGCCCAGGGUCUGGUCACACUUCACCAACAUGUGUGUGUUCAUCUCUGUGCCAGUGUGGCUGCGCUGUCACCCGACCACUUUCCACUGCUGGAGCAGUGCUUGGUCCGUGCUGUUCUACAGUCUGAAAUUCACACUGUUUUGUUGGCAAUAGACACUUGGUGUUUCACAGCGCGGUAUGGAACAGCAGAAAUGUGUCUGCAUCAUGCCAUCCUCAUAGCUCAGCUGGUUAAAACUGUCACCACUAAUUCAUACCAAUCCUCCCACCUGGGGCUUUUGUUGAGACGACUGGCUUUCCUCAUGACACCAAAUCAUCAGAUACAGUUUGUGGAUCAUUUCCCACCAUCACUAAUGGAGAAUCUGUCUGUGUGGCAGCAUGUCCUCCUGAAAGCUUUUACUCAGGAAGUCCGUUUGACAAUUGAGUCUGGGAUCAUCAGUCUUGCUCAAACUAUUUUGAGUGACUGGCAAAAAGAUGACUAUAAGCUUUUCCAAGUUGACAAAAUGAACCUUGUGCUGUUGGGCCUCCUAGUGGUGGCUCGAGGUCAGUCCGGUACAGAAGAGCAACACACAGAAACUGUAGGAAAGAUGGUUACCCAGAUUUGGUUACAAAUGAACCCAGACCAGAUAAAAUCCUAUCCAGUGCUUCAAUGUACUUUGGGGCCCCUCCUGUUAAUAUCUGCAACUCUGGUGAAGCACAUAGAGUCUCAAGUCAUUUAUCAGGCCCUGUUGUGUGUGGAGGCUGUGCUGUCUCUGAAGUCUGUGGAUGAGCUGCUACUGGCCACAUUGAAGUUUUUAUCUUCACUGGGAAAGACAUUUAUCCCACCAGACAUUCAGGGCCAAAUUCUGCCUAGAUUAAGUAACAUCUUCAGGCUGCUGCUCAUAAGCUCGUCGUGGCCUGUGCAGCACCAUGCAUUAGAGGCAUUCUCUCUAUUUGCUGAGAGCACAAAUCACGAAGAGGUCAUUUCUCAGAGUCUAUAUGAAGAAGAAACCAAGUCAAUUGUGGUCAACUAUCUGAGUAAAGUGGUCAGGGAACAGGAAGGUCCAUCAAGACUGGAAAGACUUAAAAUGGAAAGUCUGGUGAUGAACCAGUUUAAUGAGCAGUGUGACAGUAUGAAUGGUUCAGUGAAUCUUCCCGAAGAAACUGAUGUUGAGCCGUGGCCAAAGAGACCUCGUCAGGAAACUGAGGAGGAUGAAUACACCCAGCACCUGGAUAUGGCUGAGGGCGCUCUAAAAGCUCUGCAGCGCCUACUAGAGGACAAACCUGACACCCACACAAAACCUCAGUGGAUGGGGUUGAGAAUUGAAGAGUUAAAGAAGCUUAUUUCUAACAUCAGUCAAGCUAUGCACCCUUCGUAG